AUGUCUCUGUCACCAUUUACCACGUUACUGGCUGCUGCUGUCAGCACCCCCUUGCUUUUCUCCACGGGGGCCUCGGCACAAAAUGCGACGUCAAGAGCUCACAUCGCAAUGGACGUGCUGCAAACGUGGUAUAACGGCACCAGCGGGAUCUGGAAUACCUGCGGAUGGUGGAAUGGUGCGAAUUGCCUAACGACGCUGGCCGACCUCGCGCUGGCGGACGAGUCGGUGAACGACGCAGUGGUCGGCGUGCUCGAGACCACAUUUAAGGUCGCCACGAUUUCGAACCCUAUUCCCGAGCGCAGCGGCGACGAAUACUACAACAUUACCAACCAGACGCAGGCCGGAUCGCCAAACGCCUAUCAGUGGAUGGACGGCUCUUAUGACGACGACCAGUGGUGGGCGCUUGCGUGGAUCGCGGCGUAUGAUGUCACGGAAGACGAUGAAUACUUGGACUUGGCGAUUGGCAUCUUUGACCGACUGAGCAACACUUGGCCCUCCAAGUGCGGGAACGGAGGAAUCGACUCGGAUUAUUCACAUGUUUAUGUCAACGCUGUCACCAACGAGUUGUUCUUCUCCGUCGCGGCACACCUGGCCAACCGCGCCUCCGACAAGCAGUACUAUGUGGACUGGGCCCGCCGUCAGUGGAACUGGUUCAACGCCAGCGGUAUGAUUAACGAGAACUAUACCGUGAACGAUGGACUCACAAACGACUGCGCCAACAACGGCGACACAAUUUGGACCUACAAUCAAGGCGUCAUAAUCGGCGGGCUUGCUGAACUGCACCGCUCAGUCUCAAACUCAUCCAACUCCUCGUACCUUGGAAUGGCCGAAAAGAUCGCCAAGGCGACGAUCAACCAGCUCGCCGACGACAACUAUGUGAUUCGUGAAUCAUGUGAACCGGACUGCGACGCCAACGCCACACAAUUCAAGGGCAUUUUAAUUCGGAACCUGAAGCUUUUGCACUCCAUCGCGCCGGACGACGAAUACGAGAAGGUGAUUCGUGCCUGCGCCGACAGCAUCUGGGACAAUAACCGCGAUGAUCUGAACCAGUUCGGAAUCAACUGGGCUGGACCUGUCAGUGCGAUUGAUGCGUCAACGCACAGUUCAGCGAUGGAUGCGUUGGUUGCGGCCAUUGAUGAGGAUUGA